AUGAGCACUUCAUGGCGAGCGGCUGCCUCACGACACGCUUACAGCCUUCGUCCAUGCCAAGUACUGAACCGACCUUUUUCAACCGUCGUGGACCAGCAGCCGCUGCCUACACGCAGCCCAUUUGAAAACGACCAUAAACAACCAGACGUGAAGCAGACACAACAGGCGGAGGAGAUCUUCCGCCAAGCUGUGGCCGCCACGCAAGUCCGGAACAACUGGACAAAGGAGGAGAUUUCGGCCAUUUACCACCAGCCUCUAAUGAAGCUGGCCUUUGAAUCCGGCUCUGUGCACCGUCGAUUCCACGAUCCAGCAGAGGUCCAGCUUUGCACCCUGAUGAACAUCAAGACGGGCGGUUGCACCGAGGACUGCUCGUACUGCGCCCAGUCAACGCGGUACCAGAAGGGCACCGGUCUCGAGGCGAAGAAGGUCGAGACGGUCGAGUCGGUGCUCGAGGCGGCGCGCGUGGCGCGCGCCAGGGGCAGCACGCGCUUCUGCAUGGGCGCCGCGUGGCGGGACAUGCGCGGCCGCAAAAACGCCCUACGCAACAUCCGCGCCAUGGUUCAGGGCGUACGCGCACUGGGCAUGGAGUCGUGCGUCACGCUGGGCAUGAUCGACGGGGCGCAGGCGCGCGAGCUCAAGGAGGCCGGCCUGACCGCGUACAACCACAAUGUCGACACGAGUCGCGAGUUCUAUCCGUCCAUCAUCUCGACGCGGAGCUACGAUGAGCGCCUCAAGACGCUGGCUCAUGUGCGCGACGCGGGCAUCAACGUCUGCUCGGGUGGCAUCCUGGGCCUCGGGGAGUCAGCGCAAGAUCGUGUCGGGCUGCUGUUUACGGUGGCGACGCUGCCCUCGCACCCAGAGAGCUUCCCCGUGAACGCGCUGGUGCCCAUCAAGGGCACGCCCCUGGGUGACCGCCCUCCGAUUGACUUUGCGAGCAUGCUGCGGACGAUUGCGACGGCGCGCAUCCUCAUGCCGGCGACCGUGAUCCGCAUCGCGGCCGGGCGCAAGAACAUGUCCGAAGAACAGCAGGCCCUCUGCUUCAUGGCUGGCGCCAACGCCGUGUUCACAGGCGAAAAGAUGCUGACGACGGACUGCAAUGGCUGGGACGAGGACAGUGUCCUGUUUGGCCGCUGGGGUUUGCGGCCCAUGGAGCCGAGGGCGAGAUAA